AUGGCAAUCAAGAAGCGAUGUCUCCCCUGGGACUGGACGAACACCGACGGCGCUGGCCACAAGGGCGUACCAUGGGCAAUGGACAAAGUGUCCUUCAAAGGACCUCUACGCUCCGUCAGCAACUGGAACACGUGGACACCUCCAGAACUGAAAGGCCGUGCCCCAUUCCGACCUAUGGUGCGCACAGAAGCGCAACUCAACGGCGAGGACUGGAACCGGAUCCAGUCGACCAAGGAAAACAUCAUCCACUUCUUCAACGAACCCGAGCGCGCAGGCAUUACCCCUGAGCGCGCUGGGGAUAUAUGGCAGAAGAAGAUGCUGCCUCUCCGGGCGAAACACGGCAAGAAACUCGUCAGUCCUUCAUGUGCUUCCGAUAAAGCAGGCCAAGACUGGAUCCACAAGUGGAUGGGUCUCGUGAGCAAGCACCCGCCUGAUUUCCUCGGCUUGCAUUACUAUGGAACGGAUGGAACCAAGGCGAUAGACUAUCUUCAGUCGAUGCAUAAUAGGCAUCCCCAUACGCCCGUCAUCCUUUCCGAAUUUGCAUCCAUCUCCCGCGAUUACAACGAGGUGCUAGGCUUCACGGUGCAGGUCGUCAACUGGAUGGAUCAGAAGGAUUGGAUCUACGAGUACGCACUCUUUGGGUGCAUGAGACAGGUGGCGGAUAGUUUUGUAAGCCCGGCUGCCCAGCUCAUGAAGCCAGACGGCAGUUUCACGGAUUUGAUGUGGAAGUACAUGAGUGAUCAGCCGAUGCAUCGUUGA